UGCGUUAUCCAUCAAAAUAGCAUCACCAGUGGAUUGUUAUCGAUUGCCAGGUUUUGGCGUCACGUGAUCGUAACAUUAUUUUGAUGAGGUUAACGCAGUUUGUUUACACCAAGCAAUGAGCUCCACGAAUUUCAUGCAAUGCAGACCGCCUUUAUAUCUUUGGUACCGAAAUGAUAUUUAAUGAUAACAUGUUGUUAUCAUAUCAACUUUGCGGGGAUCGAGAAAAUGUCCGUCUCAAUCUUUAAUCCUCUUGGAGGAGGGUCCCGGAGUCUUCGAACCUCGACAGCCUCAAGCAACCUCAAGCUCACUGCAAGCUCCAACCCACAACCUCCAUCUGGCCCUUCCUACGUCACUCUCUUCAUAACCAAUUUGCGACUUUUGGAUUUAGAUUUGCAAGAUGGCUGGCCAGAUAUUAACCUGUUGACAUUCUCUACCAAGGACGCCCAACAGAAUCAGAAGAAGCGUAUACAAUGUGUAGAAUGGGCUUUAUUUCAUUUGUUUGCAAUCUGGGAUCCAGAAGAGACUCGCAAUGUACACCUCUACCUUAUGCCAUUAGUUCAAAAUGAAACAACAAAAGCUAAUGCUGCUUACAGAAAUUACAACCAUUUUUCCCACCCCUCGAACCUCUCCAGUCCCUCAAUCUGCGUACCGCAUUGUUUCGAUGUCUCGAUCAGGCGAAGAAGAAUGGAGUCCUCGGACGAGAUACGGUUUUGAGAAAGACGAUGCUAGACGAAUGCAAGGGUGAAAGAUUGGAGGAGGUUUUGGCGGUUUUUUCGAAUGUGGUUUUAAAGAAAGCUGUUCAAAAUGACACCUCGGGACGAUACGAGGCUCUUGCCCAAGCACUGGCAUUGGAGAACUUUUCAUACACUGGAGAGAGGACAAUACUUUCAGUCUUGAUAUUAGCACACAAGAAAUCUUUGCGUAGGCAUAUUGACGAGAAGAAUAAUUUGAGGGCGAAAUACAACGAAUUUUCCAAAAUACUUGACCUCAGCGAAGAACGAACUUCGAGAAGGAGAGCAGAACUGGACCAUGAUAAAAUUGAAGGAGAGGGCCACCCUGAGUUAUCUGACCGAGAUUUGAGAUCGUUACAGAACAGGGUUCGCAAGAAUUGGUCAGGUAGCAAUGAGUGGCUGGAGACGAUCCUUUAUGGAGAUAAUAGGCCUGGUCGGGACGGAUUAUUGGCUAAGCGUUUCGAUAUUCUCUGGGACCAAAUUGAGGCUGGUACGAUUGCAGAAAUAGAAGGAAAGAAUGAUACUGGACUUGUUGAGCGGUUGGAGGCACGCGUGCAAAAUCAAGAGAGUCGUUUGGCAAGAUGGCAAGAAUUUGGUCGGACUUUGAUUAAAAAGGGCACGGAAUCACCAGCGGAAAAAGUUCAAGCAGUUGCCGUUGAGGAAAAGGGUAUAAAACUCGCUUUCAAUGAUCACCAGAAAUUACAAAUCGGGAAGUACACAACGGGAAAUCCCACAGUUGGGGACAUCCCUAUUCGGGAUGAAUAUGUCCGUUUAAUGGAAAGAACUCGCAAUGCGCUGAAUGAUGUAUCCAAACCAAAAGUGCUUUCCAAAGAAAGCCUGAUUCCACGUAGCUCCAGACACAAGUUCAUCCAACCUUCAAUGGAUUCAUCCCAGGAGUCAUGUUCAUCAACUAGUCAGGAUGGAGACCACUCUCCGUUAGCCAACGCCUCUACAGAUCAACCAUCUACCUUAGUGGCAGAUAUCCAUGGGGUUGUCGAGUUUUCUACUCCUCGCGGCCAUCGUAACGCACCAAUCAACACACCACGUUCAAGAAUAUCUCACAGACCAAUUUCUACUAUGACUUCAUCAAUCCUUUCAGCUAAGCAUGCCUCGAACGAACUGGACAUCGCCAGCGAAAGGUUAUCUAAGGUCACACCUUUUGCAUUAGAUACCGAAAAUGAUUACAUGGCAGCCAAUCCCGGCGCUAUGAGAUCUUCGCGCCGCCCAGCUUCCAUUGGCAAAGCUUCAGACCAGGAACAUGGCGCGGGCUCGGUUGAGACACCCAAACCGAUCCAAAGGAGACACACGACAACAUCACAAUCGAGUCCAUCCCUCUCUCAAUCUAUUCAAACCUCGGAUCCAUCCCUCGAUUCUGUUCCGGAGCUCAGUCAAGCAGAGCAGAUUCUUAACUCCAUGUCGGCUGCAUCCCCAUCUCCACAAAAAAUGCAACGCUCGUUAUCCUUAGCCGAACGUACUCGUCUCACCAUGGCUCGCUCAAACCCAAGGUAUAUGGAAUCCGAUUUCAACCAUGAUUUUGAAAAUUUGCCAGAUGUGAGCCGCCUCACUCUGAACCCCAAGCUCAGGGCCACACCUGCGACAACUUCCGCGGCGGAAGAAGACAGACACGCAGACUUGAUAGAACGCACGCGUCAGUCUAUGGCAGGCUUUGAGGCAGCCCAGAAGAAGGCACAGUUGGAGCGAAGGAAAAGCAUCCAAGAUGAAAAGAGAAAGCAGAGACAAUCACAUUUCCCCAAGAUUGUACAAGAGGAAGAGGAACCUUUACCUCAAGCGACGCCGAGCAUCGAUAGAGAGGUCUUGAUGGAUGGAGAUGUGGAUUAUGCUAGUGUCUUUAUGAGUAGACCAAGAAUUGCUGUAAGUCCGACUCCAGCAAAGGAUAGAAUGAUUUCAUCCAUGAUUGAAAGUGGAGAUGACGAGGAUAAGGAUGAGGAUGAGGAUAUGAACGUAACUAUGGGUAUGGAUGCAGAUUACGCAAAUGCGUUUAUGAGUAGACCUAGAAUCGCUCUAAGCCCAACACCAGCACGACACAACAGAAUCAUGAUGGACGGCGAAGUGGAGGAGGAAGGAGAAGCUGUAAAUAUGUGGCAUGACCUAUGAUUUGGAUCAAGCAGCCACAAUGUUGAUGAGGUUUCAGUAAAUGGCUUUUGGGUAUUUUAAUGGUUUAUGAUUAAUGAUGAUUAAAAUUAAUUACUACAGCACUACUUCUUUAUAUUUCGUUUCGAUUGACCUAAAUGCGGACUCC